AUGUCGAACUCCAAGAUGCAGCUUGCAGCAGUCAUUUACGGGAAGGAUGAUUUGCGAAUGGAAGAAAGGCCAGUCCCAUUGCCAGGAAAGGGAGAGGUGCAGAUCGCCGUUGCCUGCGUUGGGAUAUGUGGGUCGGAUAUUCAUUUACUGCGAGAGGGCGCUCUUGGCACUAUGGUGAUCAAAGAACCUUUCGUCUUGGGUCACGAGUUCAGUGGAACAGUGACAUCUAUCGGAGAGGGAGUAACAAGCCUGAAAAUUGGUGACAGAGUGGCAACAGAGCCAGCGGCUGCAUGCCUAAAAUGCGAGUUAUGUGUAGUAGAUGGUCGCUACAACAUUUGUCGCAACAGGAUUACUUUUUGUGGAACUCCAGGGUCAGACGGAGGGCUUCGAGCAGUUUGUUGUCACCCGGCCAAUUUCUGCCACAGACUCCCUGACAGCUUAACCUUGGAAGAAGGAAUGUUAUUGGAACCUCUGGCAGUCGGUGUUCAUGGUUGUGAGCGUGCAGGCAUUAAGCCUGGCUCUAGCGUUCUUGUAACAGGUGCCGGCCCUAUUGGGAUAGCAACGGUUCUCGCCGCGAAGGCAUCAGGUGCGACGAAAGUUUACAUUACAGAUGUUCUCCAGCACCGCCUUGACUUUGCUAAAUCAGUGGGGGCAACUCACACUCUCCUUGUCAAGGCUAGCGACGACCCCCAGACCGUUGCCGCCAAAGUAAAAGAUUUAAUGGGGUGCGAGGCCGAAGCUUCCAUUGAGUGCAGUGGUGCCGAGGAAGCUCUGUCAAUGGCCAUUUUGGCUACCAAGCCAGGUAAAGUUGUGGCUGUAGUGGGAAUUGGAAAUACAAACCAAACCAUCCCGGCAUUCCAUGCCCUAGUUAAUGAAAUUGACAUAUGUUUUUGUUUUGCCUACAAAAAAUGUCAUGAAAUCGCAAUCGAGUUAGUGACCUCUGACAAAGUGGACAUCAAACCGCUGAUCACUCAUCGAUUUAAACUGGACAAGGCUUUAGAGGCAUUUGAGUUAGCCAGGGAUAGACAAGGGAUGAAGGUGGCCAUCGCAUGCAACGACUAUUAACUGUAAAAGAAGACAGCUAUCAUAUAGAAUGAAACAAAAAUCAGCAAAGUUUGACAAGAAAAUUUUUUGACAGGAUAAUUUGCUUUCACACACAUGUACUAGUACACGUUGAGUUUAGAUAUAUAUAGGCUUAACAAACAUACAAAAUUGUAUGUCUAAUAGGUAAAGGGACCAUACCUCCUUGUCAAAAUCUAUAUCUACGUUUAUAACAUAUUAUGCAGUGCAUGUUUUCCUAUUCGGUGUCUGUAUAUUUGCAAGCUUUGCUAUCAUAAAUGAGAAGUGGCGAGACUAAACAUUUUACCUUUGUGAACAUGUAUGUGUGCAGAUAAAGUGAUAUUUUGAGCUCCCGCAUCACUGGUGCUCCUUAUUUAGGCGAAAGUUAAAUGGAUUAGAACUCCUCAUAUGAAAUAAAUACAUUGUAAUUAAACAACUCAUAUGAAUAUAACAUAUUCCAUUUUACCACAAAAAAAAAAAAAAACGCAGUUAUCGCAGUUGUUCUAAAAUAUGUACUUGUUAUCAGACCAUGUGGACCGUCAUCUUAAAGUAAUGUUCGCUUAAGAUAUUGUAACGAAAAAAAAACACGUUUAAAUCAUAUAACUAACUUUGAAAAAGCGGAUUCAUUGGCAUUUUUUUUUAGAAAAUCCAUGUACUUAAGUCGGUCUUGCCUGAGAGCGAGCUGCGCAACCCCUACUUUUUUUAGGACGGGGACGCCACAUGUGCCAAGUGCUUAGGUUAUGCCAUGCGAAUUACGUUUACAUAACUACUGGUUUAAAGUAAUAUACGUCAUAUAUAUACUAUCCCGCCCAGUAUAUUUCAUUCAACAGAAUGAUAGCCACCUUAUACAGUCACUGUAGUUUCAGUUGGCUACUUGUAUGUAAUAUACCGCUAUGUGCACACAUAAAAGGAUAUAUUCUUUCUAGGGCUGGCAUCUCUGUAUAAUGGUUCUUAGAAUAAGUCUUGGGAAAGUCUGGCUACAUUUGUGGCGAGAUAAAUCAAGAUGCGACAAUUGUAACGUGAUCCGGCGUAGCAUUAACUUGUCUGGAAUAGCAUGUACUGAGGGAAUAUUAAA